AUGGAGUUGUCUUCCACUCAUACUACGCAACCACAUACCACUCUGCCUAAUCAGCCACCUGUAUCUUCUCCGUCCUUGUCACCACCCUCUCAUGCCUCGAGCGCGGCGAGUUUAUCGCAGCGUGAUGUCAAGGCGGAGCAGGUCGUGCCACGCCUCGAUACCUCUCAUGGCAACAAGCCCCUCUCGCACAGCAGCCACAGCAGCAGCGGCCAGGGCAACAACAAAUUCCGCUGCCGCGUUGCCAUGGCCUGUGUCCACUGCCGUCACCGCAAGAUCCGGUGCGACGGCGCCCAGCCCUCCUGCUAUACAUGUACGCGACUGCAGCGCAAGUGCGAAUACGAGCGUGUGUCAGAACAAGAUAAUCUAUUGUCUCGUGAGCGCAAGCGCCUAAGUCGCGAGCGCAAAGCCGCGCGGCUCGCAGCCUCGGCGUCGCAGGGACAGGCGCCGCCGGCUACGCAGACCAAGCAGCGACGAGCCGCCGCCGAUGAGAAGCACCAUGCGCCCAAGGCAGAUCCCGUGUCGCCGGCGGCGCUCCCGCCGUCGUUCCCUGUGUCUAUCCCCCCUCAUGUCCCGCCGACGGAAAUUGCGCCCGCGCUCAUCCAGUCGCCGAGCGAUGCCAUGUCGGUGGCAUGGUCGUCGACGCAUGUGACGCCGGGCGGCGAGCCGAAGACGCCGUCGACGAAGGACCUGAUGCCGUGGGUCACGGUGCCGCCCUAUGUCGAUGCGAUCGAGGCGUCGGUGCCUGGGCUGGAGGCCACGUCGAGUCUGGCUGCGCCGUCGGCGACGUCGACGACGGAGCCCGACUCGCUCGUUUCGCUGCGCUCGACGGCAGACCCGAGUCUGCUGGAGCUCAGUGCGCCGCCCUCGGCGCUUUCUGACAUGAGCCCGACGCUCUCGCCCACCGAGCCGUACUUUGGCAGCGAGACGGGCACGUCCAAGUCGGGUGACUCGAUAUCGUCGGAAGCGACGCAUGUGGAUCCGCUCGAGCUGACGACGUCGCUCGAUACACCGCUCAAGCUCUUUAGUGACCAGCCGCUCCCUCCGAGCAGCACCAUGGCACCUACCCCCCACUCCCUCGAGAGCGAGGGCCAUCUCGGUUCUCGCAGUGACGGCCCGCGCCUGGCGACGGGCUUCUCCCCGCUCUCGCCGCAGCUGGCGCCGCCGUCUAUGGAUCCGAUGGAGCUCGGCUUUGAGGAUGGCGCCACGGGCGGCGCUGCGGGCUGUGUCCCUGUCGUCGACGGCGUCGGCAGCGACGUCAGCAGCCUGUACAGCUCGUCGCUGCCGAUCUCUGGCCACGCUGGGUUUGGCGCCGACCUGGAGCCCAGCAGCCUGCCGAUCCUCUCGUCCUGGACGCACCCCACACCCAUCAGAUAA